UAGUUGCAUCAGCAGACUGCAACCGUGGAUGUUGUAAUUCAUUUUGUUUUUUAAUACAUUUAAACAAAAAAGUAUUCAAUAAUGGCUAGGGUAUUCAUUUUAUUGUCUGUGAUCUUGUUCAGUGUCUAUAUGACAGAACAAGCUUACUUUUUGGAAGAAGAUUACAUAAACAAAAUCAACGAAAAAGCAACAACAUGGAAGGCUGGUGUCAACUUCGAUCCAAAUACACCGAAAGAACACAUCUUAAGACUCUUAGGAUCGAAAGGAGUUCAAAUUCCAAACAAAGUUAACUACAACAUGUACAAAUCAAAAGACAACGCCUACGAUAACUUGUUUGGCAGAAUCCCAAAGAAAUUCGAUGCGAGGAAAAAAUGGAAAAAUUGUAAAACUAUUGGAGCAAUCAGAGAUCAAGGAAAUUGCGGAUCGUGUUGGGCAGUAGCAACAAGUUCAGCAUUUGCUGACCGUUUAUGUGUAGCUACAAAUGGAGAUUUUAAUCAACUGCUAUCCGCAGAAGAAUUAACUUUCUGUUGUCAUAAAUGUGGUUUUGGAUGCAACGGAGGUUACCCAAUUAAAGCUUGGGAACGUUUUAAGGAACAUGGUUUGGUUACUGGAGGAGAUUAUAAAUCAGGAGAGGGUUGUGAACCAUAUAGAGUCCCUCCUUGCCCCUACGAUGAGUUUGGAAACAAUACUUGCGCUGGUAAACCGAGGGAAGGAAAUCACAGAUGCACAAGGAUAUGUUACGGAGAUCAGGAACUUGAUUUCGAUAGCGAUCACAGAUACACAAGAGACUCGUAUUACCUCACAUACGGCAGCAUCCAAAAGGACGUUUUAGCUUAUGGUCCCAUUGAAGCGUCUUUUGAUGUUUAUGACGAUUUCCCCAGUUACAAAUCCGGAGUUUACAUUAAAUCGGAAAAUGCUUCAUACUUAGGAGGACACGCUGUGAAAUUGAUUGGAUGGGGUGAAGAAUUCGGAGUGCCAUAUUGGCUUAUGGUUAACUCAUGGAAUGCAGAUUGGGGUGACAGUGGCCUUUUCAAAAUCCAACGAGGCACAAACGAAUGUGGAGUCGAUAAUUCGACCACUGCUGGUGUACCAGUAACUAACUAAGUGUAUAAUCAAUUAAAAAAAAUGUUAUUUCGUUUACGAUUAAAUACAACCAAUUUUCAUUAUUAUAAAUAUAA